UAUUCCCGCCAUUUUGUUAGAUUAGUGGUUUCGUGGACGGUUUCGUGUAUUUGUGAAGAGAAAGCUAGAUUGGUAAAAAUGGAAGCUGGAGUUUUUGAAGAUCAAGUUGUGUCGAUGGUGGACGUUCUGGAUGAAGAUAACGAGCUAGAGGAGGAAGCAAGAGCUGUUUUAGGGGACAGCGACGACAAAAACUGCACUUACCUCGCCGGGUAUGUGAAGAGGCAAGCUCUUUAUGCCUGUUCAACAUGUUCUCCAGCAGAUAACGAGCCAGCUGGAAUAUGUCUGGCAUGUACCCUGGCUUGCCAUGAUGGACAUGUUUUGUAUGAGCUCUACACCAAAAGAAAUUUUCGUUGUGACUGUGGAAAUGAGAAGUUUGGUGGGUUCACAUGCAAGUUGUACUCAGGAAAAGACGCAGAGAAUUCAAUAAACAAAUAUAAUCAAAAUUUCAGAGGAGUUUACUGCACCUGUCAAAGACCAUAUCCUGAUCUGGAGGAUGAGAUUGAAGAUGAAAUGAUUCAGUGUAUCAUUUGUGAGGACUGGUACCACUCAAGGCACUUGGGAAGCCUCCCACCAAUAGGAGGUGAAUUUCAAGAGAUGAUAUGUGAUAAUUGUAUGACAAAAUGCAGCUUCCUUCAAGCCUAUCUCUCUCUCUCAGUGCCACAACAGAAGUCUUCAAUUGACCCCAAUCAACAAGUGGAUAUUAAACAGGAAACAGAGAGUAAACUUGAUAUUGAAAAGACAAAUGACCUAGAUGGAGGAAAUGCAUCGGUGAGUGAGAAAGGAUAUCAUGAUUCUAAGUGCAGUGGUGAAGGAAGUGACCAACAGGAUUGCUUCAGACCAGAGUCGACUGAAACACCUCACUCUGAUUCUCAAAAGCCAAUUUGUUCUGGCAAAUCAGACUGUUGGAAAACAACUGUUGGAAAAGAGACAAAAUCCGCUGCAAAUGAUUGUAAUGCCUCAAAGCUUGAAAACUCUCUGGCAGAUUGCAAGCUUGUUCAGCUUCAAGCAAGUGUGACAACAGUCGAAAACAAAGCAACCUAUUGGCAUACUGGGUGGCGGUCUAACUUAUGCAAGUGUGAAAACUGUAUUUCUCUAUACAGAUCACUGGAUGUGUUGUAUCUGACUGAUGAAUCUGACACUAUGGUUGCCUAUGAGAAGAGGGGCAGGGAGAAGACAUCCAGCGUUUCAUCAUAUGAGAGUGGCAUGCAGGCGCUACAGAACAUGGCGCGUAUUCCUCAAGUGGAGGUCAUGCAUGGUUACAAUGAUAUGAAAAACGAGCUGACAGAGUAUCUUAAAGGGUUCGUUGAACAAGGAAAGGUUGUGAAAGAGGAGGACAUCAGAAACUUUUUUGACUCACUACAGUCUCGUAAAAGACAACGAGUCGGCAGUGGAGAUUCUGUUCAGUACAGAUGUCGCUAAAAAACAGCCGAACACGUACUGCUAUACUUGGAUGAGACGACACAGCUACAACAUGCGCAAGACGUAGUGUCAGUGAUACACUUGUACUAGGUGUCACCUCUUUAAAAUAUCUCGUGCAAAGACAAUUAUGUAAAGUUUUCAUGAAAUUUUUUAGUAGUUUCUCAUGUUACUUCCAGUUGCCUCUUGUAAUGUGACGUGCCUUAUUGUGUAACAAAGUUGUACUUUAAAGAAGAUGGAAAUUCAUUGAAAGGUUCUACCGGAAUUAAAAUGGUAUUUGUGGCACCUUCAA